AGGGGGGAGGUUUAAAUGUUGAGCUAGCUUGCUAGCUUCUUGGCAGCGUUUAUUAAAACAUUUAAAUAGGGCUAAAAGUCAUUAGCAUAUAUGACGAAGAGAAGAGCAGAAGACGACUUGCUCUGCGACGUUCCCCUAAAGAGAUGUAUCCGUUCGUGCAGGAUUGAUGCGCAGUUGCCUGGCAUGGCUGUUGUCUGUGGAGGUAAUGUUUGCAAUUCACCAUCGUUGCCUGCUUUGCCAGACAACUGCAGGAAGAGAACUUAUAAUUUUGAAGAGCAAGAAGUGACCAGACCGCGAAAGAAGUCGACCACGAACAACAUGCACGGCGUUGUGGAGAUGCACGUGAAAGGGAGUAACAACAGCAGUUUCAAUACAAAGAAUUCUGGAAGUUUCCAGGAAGAGAACAAGGCUUUCCCAGUCUCUACUCUAACCUCACACGGGGCCGUUUCAAAGAAACGAAUGAGGGACGAGUCCAUCGCAUCACAGGAUAACUUGCUGCUGUCAGAAGAGGGGACGUCCACGGAGGAUGACCUGUGCACUUUUAACACAUUCCAGUUCUGGAGGGUGCCGCUGCCUGAUGUGGACCUGUCGCUCCUGCAAAGUGACGAUCGAGCGGUGCAGUCCUCCCACCCGCCUGUAAAAGACUCGGCCAUGGUGUCGGAAAUCGACGCCAUGGAGACAUGAACUGUGUGCGUUUCUACAACAAGAUCUUGUGAAUACUAGUCCUGUUUGUGUGUUAGUUUGUUUAAAAAAUGGGAUGUGCCGCUCCGGUAUUGUUUCUUGCUGCCAUGCUUAAAAUGGAUCCAGUUUCAAUAGAGUGAUUUAUCAGUAGACUAAACAUUC